CUACCUGCAGGCAAUCAGUAACGUCACAGGCCGGGGGUCACGUGACCAGUCAGCUGGUCUUCAGCCAGUCCGCCUGACACGCUACUGUUUACAAAUCAGCGGAGCCCGAGUGAGCAGAAUGAGGCUUCCUGCGUGAUCGGAACAGAAACGAUCCUUUCCUUCUGAGUCUCGACUGACGAGAAACACAAAGCUGUGACAGUCCAGCUGGGUCGCAGUCAUGCAGCAUCCCAAUUUUGAGACCCGCCAUCCACUCCAGAGUGAGGAUCAUCAGGAGACAGGUUUUGACCCGCUCCAGAGUUUCAACAAGAAUCAAAGCAGAGGAUCUCUUGACAGCAGCACUUCGGAGUCUCAUUCGACCUUUCUCUCAUAUAGGAAAGAAUGGGACGACUUGUUUCUCAACAGUAAUUACCUGGCCAGGAUCCGGCAGGCAGGCAUCAAUGGGCGGCUGAGGAGCAGCCGCUUUCGGAGUGUGUGCUGGAAGCUGUACCUGGAGGUUCUUCCAGAAGAUAAAGGGCAGUGGAUAAACAAGACGAAGGAGCUCCGGGAUCAAUAUGAGAAGAUCAAGGAGAUGCACAUCACCAACCCCCGCAAGGCCGCAGGCCAGCAGGACCUUGUGAUAAACAACCCACUGUCCCAGGAUGAGGGGAGUUUGUGGAAUAAGUUCUUCCAGGAUAAAGAGCUGAAAGGAAUGGUCAAGCAGGAUGUGUUGAGAACAUUCCCUGAGAUCCGAUACUUCCAGGAUGAAGAUGUGAGGACCAAGCUGACUGAUAUUCUCUUCUGUUAUGCCAGAGAAAAUGAGCAGUUACUUUACAAACAGGGGAUGCACGAGUUGCUGGCUCCCAUAGUGUUUGUGCUGCACUGUGACCAUCAAGCCUUUCAGCAUGCCAGUGAGACGGCCAGCCCCAGUGAGGAGAUGAAGUGUCUGUUAGACCCAGUGUACCUCGAGCACGAUGCCUAUGCCAUGUUCUCGCAGCUAAUGGAGACAGCAGAGCCGUGGUUCUCCAGCUUUGAAAGGGAAGUGAGGAAGGGUAAAGAAGAAAUGCUGACCACCAUCCCAUUCGCUCGACCCCAGGAUGCAGGUCCAUCUGUUGCCAUAGUAACCAAAGUCAACCGCAUCCAGGACCAGCUGGUGAAGAAGCACGAUAUAGAGCUGCACAUGCACCUCAAUCGGCUGGAGAUCGCCCCGCAGAUCUACGGGAUCCGGUGGGUUCGCCUGCUGUUUGGCCGGGAAUUUCCUCUUCAGGACCUGCUGGUGGUGUGGGAUGCUCUUUUUGCUGAUAGCAUCACUCUGGACCUUGUGGACUACAUCUUUGUGGCCAUGCUGCUCUAUAUCCGAGAUGCUCUCAUUGCUAGCAACUUCCAGACAUGCCUGGGCCUUCUAAUGCACUACCCCCCAAUAGGAGACAUCAACUCUCUGCUGCAAAAGGCUCUGUUCCUUCGAGAUCCCAAAAACAACCCGCGACCUGUGAACUACCACUUUCAGCAGAACCUGGAUUACUACAAAACAAAGGGAGCUGACCUGAUGAACAAGACACGCUCUGGCUCUACAAAAGCCGCUCCACUCAACAUCAACAAGGUCUCCAGCAGUCUGCUCAACUUCGGCAGGAAGCUCAUUGCUCCAGCCAUGUCUGGUGCGUCUAUUUCACCAAUCAACAGCGAGGUACACUCCUCCUCUUCCUCCUCCUCGUCCACCUCCCCGGCCUCGGCCCCUACGCCCAUCUUACCACACCCGCUGGCAGAUCCCUCAGCUCCGACGCAGACCCAGGGCCAGGCCCAGACUCAGCACUAUCGUCUGCUCAAGUCUGAAAGCAUGCCUGUCCACCUGAGCAAAGAUGGAGUUUCAGGUGGAGUGUCUCAGGUCUCAGCCCAGACUCACAGUGACACACAAGGCCAAAGCUCAAGGACGGUCAGCUCCUCUACAAGCAUAGAAAGCCUUUCCGGUGGCCGUGGUCAAUCCACCGCCUCCCCGCCUCUUCCCCCAUCCAGAGGGAGUGAUGUCAGCACUUCAUCCCCGCCCCUCUCCGCCACCAAGAAGGAGUCCUUCUUUAACAUCACUCGCUCGCGCUCCCACAGCAAGACUAUGGGCAAGAAAGAGAUGGAAGAAGACCUGGAAGCCCAAGUCUCUUUCCUGCAGGGCCAGAUCAACGACCUGGAGGCCAUGAGCAAAUACUGUGCUAAGAUGAUGAACACACACAUCUGUAAAAUCCAGGAAGUGAUUCUCCAAGAACACCUCGAGAAAGAGGAUGAAGUCCUGGUCUCACUGGCUGGACUCAAACAGAUUAAAGACAUCCUAAAGGGGGCGCUGCGCUUCAACCAGAGCCAGCUGGAAGCUGAGGAGAAUGAAGAAAUCACCAUUGCUGACGAUCACUACACGUCCACAGCAGCAGCAGGUGAAACUGUUCUAAGCACCAGCAGCCUCCACAGUGGCCAGCAACAGCAGGCAAACAUCAGGCCGAGCAGGGACUCGGAGCUGGAAGGGAGCGCGAGCAUGGACGAGAAGGAGGAGAAGGAGGAGGAGGAGGAGCAGGCCAUGACACCACUUGAUCAACAGGUGGUGUCUUCUCUGGGCUCGGAGGGCAAAAACUGGGACGAUUACAUCCUUAUUUCCCAGGACGGAGACCUGCAGGCCGAAACUGGAGGAAGGGCUGCAUCUGAGCGCACUCCUCCAAUCAGACGGGGGCGUGGCAUGGUGCGGAUGGAGCCUGAGGGUGCGGCUGGAACUUUCCAAGACCCCCUAAUGGCAGGCACCACCUCAGGUUCCUCCAGCCCAGAUGAAGGCUCCACCCACAGCAAGGACUCUGAUUUUACCAUCGUUAACCCGAACGACCUGUGAACGUGUUAAAUCACCGCCCUUUUCCUUCACCUAUACCCGUUCUGGUUCAUAUCCCAUUCAGCGGGGUUUGAUCAGAGAAAACUGACCUGGAAUCGGAGAGGGGACUUUAGGCCGAUGGUGGAGCGCCACUGAAACUGCUCUCAACGUAGAAAUUGCACACAUGGACUGUGACACUUGUGUCACAAAUGCCCGAUACUCUCUUUAAUCUGUGCCACUUCAGUCCUGUCUGAGCUGAUGCUGUAUGCUGUCUCAUCUCCUUAUUAUGCUGGGCCUUUUUAGUGGGUACAAUCUAACCUCAUCCGUCACUCAUGAUGAUUUGUAGUUCCCUGUUCUACAGAGAGAGGGCGCCAUUGAACUGCUUACCCUGUCACUACAAGAUGACUCUAAAGAGUUGGACCUCAUACUGCAGUUCACCUUCAGGAGGGGACUCCUUUUCUCUUACUGUAAUGAUUGAGAGUGUGGUGCUGUUGUUCCUCGUGAAUGUGGAGCUCUGGCCAUACCUCUGCCUGUGUUCUGUCUGCGUGUAUGCCUGUAAAGAGGAAGCUCUCUGCUCUGGUACCCAAAGGAAAGAAGGAUGGUGUCGUCCUGUCACUUGUUGAGGGCAGCUUUCUCCCCCCUCAUAAACCAGUGCCUCUGACCGUUAUUCUUCUCAGCCAAACAAAACCUAACUCUGUGAUCUUGUUUUUUUUUUUUUGUUGUUGUUGUUGUUGUUCUUUUUUUUUUUUUUUUUUUUUUUUUUUUAAGAAAACACUUUUAAAGAAAACUGUGUUUUUGUUUUUAACCCUUUAGUGCUUUAAUUUCCCUGGUGUAUAUGAUUAAAUUAUGGAAUAAAUCUCCUUUUCCUUUGUUUUAAAAUUGAUUCCAAUGUGGACAAUUCAGUGUCGGUUAUCUUUGCUCACAUUACAGGUAAGUUGUUCUCGUGUUCUGUGGCAAAAUUACGCAAAGCAGCACACAAAGAAUGUUCCUCUAUAGCUGCCUAUUCAGCCUAAUUAACUCUAGACCAAUAAAACUACAUUGCUCUUGCUAAAACGCUGAA